GUACAACUCUGUGUCAACCGUAGUCAAAAGGUUAAUUAUCUCCUAAUGUUUACGUAUGUAAGCGUCAUUCAAUUUUAUUACAUUGUUUAAGAAAUUAUAUAAGUUGUUUAAGAACAGAAAUUAUAUAAGACUCAGCAUUUAUAACCAGCAAGUAAAACUAUUCGUGGGAAUAUCGAAGAAAGAUCGAAGAACAUGUUAUUCUACACGCUUAGUGCAUUUUGCGUUGCAGCAUGUGGAUUAUUCGCAACUGGCGAACCUACGCUUCCUGUAACUGUCUGCCAGAGAAAUUCAGUUGAUUAUCAUGACUGUUUAAAACGUGCUAUAAUUGAAGCAUGGCCACGAUUCAUUGCAGGACUUCCAGAAUUUGACUUUCCACCUUUGGAUCCAAUAUUUUACGCACACGAUAAAGUUGUAUACAAUCAAGGCGAAAUACGUGGAGAACUAAUUAUGACAAAUAUUACUGAUAUCGGUUUAGCAGAUGCUCGUUUUUUUGAUGUAAGAACGCACUUUCAUAAUGAUGCUUUCCGUUUAGAAAUCGAUGCAGCAGUACCAAAGUUGUAUAUAGAAGGUGGUGUGUUCCUAAAUGGUUCUGUAAGUGUAUUCAGAGUUACUGGUAAAGGUCACUUUAAUAUAAGCCUGGAAGAUGUCAGAGCAACGUGGGAUAUAUCAGGACCUGUAAUAAACAAUACGUGGACUAUAGAUCAUUUUCGUGUCGCUCCGUCAAUUGGAACAUUUAAAAUAUAUUUCGACAAUUUGGUAGAGCAAAGCCAAGAAAUCAAUGAUGUUGUCGUAAAUUUCGUAAACGAAUUUUGGCCGGCAUUAUAUCGAGUAAUGUUGCCAUUAACGGCUGAGGUAUGGGACCCAUGGUUGUGCAAAUUUCCCAAUAAGAUUUUCUCAAAAAUUCCUUUCUCAAAAAUAUUUCCAUAAAACUCAUAUAACAUUAUUAUUAUUAUUAUUAUUAUUAUAUACAAUAAGAUGCAAAUUUCUUAUAAAAAUAUUAAAAACAAAAACAUAUUCAGUUUUGUAAAGAUAUGUUAUCUAUUUUUCUGUGAUUCUAUAACUUAAUAACUUAAUCUUUGGUUUCUAACUAUUAUUUGCUUGU